AGGCCUGUCUCUCCCUCAGUUGAUAUGGCAGCCACAGCGUCUUUCCGGUGGAAUCUGGGCCUAGACGACCCGUAAAAUCAAAAGAACUGCAGCUGUCUUCUUGGAAUGCUUUUGUUUGCUUUUCCCGUGUCGAGUUACGUUGGGCUACCUUCCACAUUCGGUUAUGUACAACGUUCACGUGCUGACGGGCGAAGGUAGUCCUGUGACCCGCACACGAAAUGUCGCCUGACGGGGGCAAAGGUGACAGUUAUUACAGGAAGUACCCUGUCUCACAUAGUCUUUACAUUUCCUGCAUUUAAGAAAAACAAGGCGGGAAAGACGCUAUUAGGCUUUAGCUUAGGUCCUGGCUCCUACUUUAACGGGAAAGCUGAGAAAAUCGACCAGACGAACCUUGUAGAGCCCCCAGUCCUCAGCCCGCCCCUUCCUCUGCGCAUGUGGCGCACGACGCAGCUGAUUGGUUAAUACAAUGAAAACAGUUCGGCACGGUGACUGGCCUGUCGGAAAUUCUGCUCGUUGUGAUUGGUCCGCAGGAACGUCUCGGAGCGCGCGCGGGAGCGAGCUUUGAAAGUUGAGCUUUGCGGAGGCGAGCCGGUGCCUAGGGGAACAUGGUGGCGUUGCCGGGCCUUGGGAGCGGCCUGCAGCCCUGGUGCCAGUUGGAUCUCAGUCUCGAAUGGGUAGACACAGUGUGGGAACUGGAUUUCACGGAGACUGAGCCUUUGGAUCCCAGCAUAGAGUCAGAGAUUAUAGAGACUGGAUUGAGUGCAUUCACAAAACUCUAUGAAAGCCUUUUCCCCUUUGCUACUGAAGAACAUGGAUCUACGGAGACUAUUUGGACCUUAUUCACUGAGAACAGUAUUUCCCAUAGUACACUGGUGGCAUUAUUCUAUCACUUUGUUCAAAUAGUUCAUAAAAAAAAUGUCAAUGUGCAAUAUCGAGAAUAUGGCCUUCAUGCUGCUGGGCUUUAUUUUUUGCUACUAGAAGUACCAGGCAGUGUAGCCAAUCAAGUAUUCCACCCAGUGAUGUUUGACAAAUGCAUUCAGACCCUAAAGAAGAGCUGGCCUCAGGAAUCUAACUUGAAUCGGAAAAGAAAGAAAGAACAACCUAUAAGCUCUCAGGCUAAUCCAAGGAGGCAUAGAAAAAGAGGAAAGCCACCCAGGAAAGAAGAUAUUGAGAUGGAUGAAAUUAUAGAACAAGAGGAUGAAGAAAAUAUUUAUUUUUCUGCCCGGGACCUUUCUCAAAUUCGAAAUGCCAUUUUUCAUGUUUUGAAGAAUUUCUUAAGGCUUCUGCCUAAGUUUUCCCUGAAAGAGAAGCCACAAUGUGUACAGAAUUGUAUAGAGGUCUUUGUUACUUUAACUAAUUUUGACCCAGUUCUUCAUGAAUCUCAUAUUACACAAAUCAGAGAUCUUAACCAAGCAAAAUACAUACCUGAACUGGCCUAUCACGGGUUGUAUUUGCUGUGCUCCCCAAUUCAUGGUGAAGGAAAUAAGGUUAUCAGUUAUGUUUUCCAUCAAAUGCUCAAUGUAAUAUUAAUGUUAGAAGCAGGUGAAGGAUCCCAUCACACUCCCCUUACUAUUACUUCCCAAGUCAUCAGUCAGAGAAACCAGGCAGUCCAGUUUAUCAGCUCACUUGUGGAUGAACUGAGGGAGAGCAUAUUCCCAGUCCUCCGUGUCUUACUGCAGCACAUCUGUGCCAAGGUGAUAGAUAAAUCAGAGUAUCGGACCUCUGCAGCACAGGCCCUGGUCCAGCUGCUCAGUAAACUUCCCUGUGGGGAGUACGCUACAUUCAUUGCCUGGCUUUAUAAAUAUUCACGAAGUUCCAAGAUCCCACACCGAGUUUUUACUCUUGAUGUGGUCUUAGCUCUGUUAGAACUGCCUGAAAGAGAGGUGGAUAACACUCUCUCCUUGGAGCAUCAGAAGUUCGUAAAGCAUAAGUUCUUGGUGCAGGACAUUAUGUUUGACCGUUGUUUAGACAAGGCACCUACUGUCCGCAGCAAGGCAUUGUCCAGCUUUGCGCAUUGUCUGGAACUGACUGUUAGCAAUGCAUCGGAGAGUAUACUGGAACUCCUAAUUAACAGUAAGUAUUGUGACUAUUGUGAAAUGAAACUGGUCUUGUAUUUAUCAAGAAAUAGACUCCUGUCUCGGGCCCAACCUCGAUGUGUCCAUAUCCAGAAAGCCUGGCUGAGGGGGGUAGUCCCCGUGGUGAUGGACUGUGAGAGCACUGUGCAGGAGAAAGCCCUGGAGUGCCUCGACCAGGUCCUGCUGCAGAACAUCAAGCACCACAGUAAAUUUCACACUGGCGACGACAGCCAGGUGCUGGCUUGGGCACUUCUUGCUCUCCUCACCACAGAAAGCCAGGGACUCAGCCGCUAUCUAAAUAAGGCUUUUCAUAUCUGGUCCAAGAAAGAUAAAUUCUCACCCAAUUUUAUAAGCAACGUGAUAUCUCACACUGGCCUGGGACAUUCUGCACCAGCCUGGAUGCUGCUCUCCAAAAUUGCUUGCUCAUCACCCAGGCUCGACUACACCAAAAUAAUAGAGUCCUGGGAGAAAAUCACCAGUCAGCAGAACCCCAAUUCAGACACCUUAGGACAUAUUCUGUGUGUUAUUGGGCAUAUUGCAAAGCAUCUUCCUAAGAGUACCCGGGACAAAGUGACUGGUGUUAUCAAGUGUAAGCUGAAUGGAUUUCAGUGGUCUCUAGAGUUGAUCAGUUCAGCUGUUGAUACCCUGCAAAGGCUUUGUAGAGCAUCUGCAGAGACAGCAGUGGAGGAAGAGGAGCUCCUGAAGCAGGUGUGUGGGGAUGUGCUCUCCACCUGUGAGCAUCGCCUGGCCAACGUUGUUCUGCAGGAAGGUGGAGCAGGAAACCUGGAUGAAGACCUGCUGGUGAAGUACAUUUUUACCUUAGGAGAUAUAGCUCAACUAUGUCCAGCCAGAGUGGAGAAGCGAGUCUGCCUUCUGAUUCAGUCCAUUCUGGUUGCUUCUGCUGAUGUGGAUCACUUACCAUCAUCUCAAGGUAGCAGUGAUGAUGCCCCAGCCUGUCACCCACCCUCCCAGGUCAGAGGCUCUGUCAUGCCUUCUGUUAUUAGAGCACACGCCAUCAUUACCUUAGGUAAGCUGUGCUUACAGCAUGAGGAUCUUGCAAAGAAGAGCAUCCCAACUCUCGUGCGAGAGCUCGAAGUGUGCGAGGAUGUAGCUGUCCGUAACAAUGUCAUCGUGGUGAUGUGCGAUCUUUGCAUCCGCUACACUGUCAUGGUGGACAAGUACAUUCCCAACAUCUCCAUGUGUCUGAAGGAUUCGGAUCCGUUCAUCCGAAAGCAGACACUCAUCUUGCUUACCAAUCUCUUGCAGGAAGAAUUUGUGAAAUGGAAGGGUUCUCUGUUCUUUCGAUUUGUCAGCACUCUGAUAGAUUCACACCCAGACAUUGCCAGCUUUGGGGAGUUUUGCCUGGCUCAUCUGUUGCUGAAGAGGAACCCUGUCAUGUUCUUCCAGCACUUCAUCGAGUGUAUUUUCCACUUCAAUAACUAUGAGAAGCAUGAGAAGUAUAACAAGUUCCCCCAGUCAGAGAGAGAGAAGCGGCUGUUCUCACUGAAGGGAAAGUCAAAUAAGGAGAGACGAAUGAAAAUCUACAAAUUUCUUCUAGAGCACUUCACAGAUGAACAGCGAUUCAAUAUCACUUCCAAAAUCUGCCUUAGUAUUUUGGCGUGCUUCGCCGACGGCAUCCUGCCCCUGGACCUGGAAGCCAGCGAGUUACUCUCAGACACAUUUGAGGUCCUCAGCUCAAAGGAGAUCAAGCUUUUGGCAAUGAGAUCUAAACCGGAUAAGGACCUCCUUGUGGAAGAAGAUGACAUGGCCUUGGCAAAUGUAGUCAUGCAGGAAGCCCAGAAGAAGCUCAUCUCACAAGUUCAGAAGAGGAAUUUCAUAGAAAAUAUUAUUCCAAUUAUCAUCUCCCUGAAGACUGUGUUGGAGAAAAAUAAGAUCCCAGCCUUGCGGGAACUCAUGAACUAUCUCAGGGAGGUUAUGCAGGAUUACCGAGACGAAGUCAAGGAUUUCUUUGCAGCUGACAAACAACUGGCAUCAGAACUUGAGUAUGACAUGAAGAAGUAUAACGAACAGCUAGCCCAGGAGCAAGAGCUGGCGAAGCAAGCAGAUGUGAGCAGGAUGGCUGAAGGCACCGAUGCAGUGCCAGCAGUGCAGGUUGCUCCACGUCUAGAAAUAAUGCCAAUUCCUGCUGGCCAAGAAAAUCCCACCGUGUCCCCUGCUGUGAGGCAGCCCUCAACACCUGGGCCAAGCACUGGCCAUGUACCAACUCUGUCUCCUGUACCUGAAACUGGGCCAUUGAACAGGUUGAUGCCCAAAGCCAGGCCCAUGUCCCUGAGCACCAUUGCAAUCCUGAAUUCUGUCAGGAAGGCUGUGGAGUCCAAGAGCAGGCAUCGGAGUCGGAGCUUAGGAGUGCUGCCUUUCUCUUUGAAUUCUGGAAGCCCAGAAAAACCAUGCAAGCAGGCAUCUUCAUACAGCUUGGAGCAAGAGUCCAGUGGAGCUAUUGAGCAUGUAACUAAACGGGCAAUCAGUACCCCUGACAAGACCAUCAAUGACGUCACGUUUGGAGCAGGGGUCAGUUACAUAGGGACCCCACGGACUCCUUCAGUCAAAGAGAAAAUUGAAGUCCAGAAUCAAGGAAAUGACAUUUUAUGUUUAUCAUUGCCUGAUAAACCGCCUCCUCAGCCCCAGCAGUGGAAUGUGAAGUCUCCAGCCAGGAAUAAAAACACCCCAACCCCCAGCAGGCGGUCCCUCCGAAAGACCCCUCUGAAGACAGCCAACUGAAACGGUGCAUUCCAGGCAGUGCCCAGGACGGCAAGAGCCCUUGAGGAAAUGUUUUGUUUCCUGCACAUGGAAAGGCAGACGGACGCCUUUCCAUACACCUGGAGUGAUGCUUCAUCACGGAACAGCAAACCCCGCAGGAUCCCAGCACUCCAGCUGUUCAUCUCCUUGCAGCCAGCCUCCCUUUUACACUGCCCUUUAUGACAUCUGUGGUUAAAAAUUGUAAAAUAAUAGAGAAAUGCCAGAUUUAGAUUUUCUAUCCUAAACUUUAGCUAUUUCAUAUUAUAACUGUAUUCCAUUUUAAAGCGUCAUGUCCAUUUGGAUAAGCUAUUAUCUGGUCUUUAAGGAACAUAACUCAAAAACUUUAGCUUUCUUUUAUAAAUCAGGCCUCUAUCAGUGCGUUUGAAUUCCUUAUAGUACAUAUUUUCCCGUAUCUAAUGAUAAAGUUUUGAUUAUAAUAUUUUUUCUAUUAUUUAUAAUUGCAGGUUUUAAAAACAGUAUAAAGCUUUCUAAAAUGAAGUAAUAAAGAUUUAUCACAAAUACAGCCUUCCAGUAUUCAAUAGGUUUUUUUUCUAUUUUUAGAACAGGGCUUUUACUGGUAGUCAUUUUAAUUUUAUAUAAAGUACUUAAGAAUGAAACCAAAUCUUUUCUGUUAGGAAAAAAAAUGGUUUCACUUAUCUUUAAGGUUUGGUUCAUCCACACACCUGCUUCUGCUCCUAUAUAGAAGCUGUCUGCCUCCCAGUAACAGACAUCCUUGUUAGUACACAGAUGUGGUUCCUGUUAUGAAAAAACGGCUUUGUGCCCUUCUCCAGGGUGCACUGCGGCUGAUUUGUGUAACACUCUGCCAAGGACUGCUCCCACAAUGGAGAUAUAACCUGAGUCUCUUCUUCUGUUGGCACCAUCAGGGAAACUUGAAACACUAUCCAAGAAUGUCCAGAAAUAAAUGCAAUUGGUUCAUUUUUUAAUCCCAAU